GUCGCGGCUGAAUUCACAUCGAUUGCACGCUUACUGCGUGUUCCACUUGUCGUCGGUCUUAUCGUCGGUCUUAUCUCGAGCGGCGUUGAUUAGUGCAAUAGUGUUCUUGGCCAAUUGAUUCGCGCGUGAUUAGUGCUCUCAUGAUUGCGAUUGGCAUCAACUCACAGGAACUAAACCACGUGGAAUGAUAGAACUGUGACUGCGGUAGACGUGUUUAUGUUUUGGAUCUGCGGUGAAUUAUGCAAGCUAGAGAAGGUUUCCGCGACGCUCUGCUUGUAAAUAGUGAGCACUAAACACGGAAGAACAGUGACACAAGUUGUUUUUCGGGGUGUGAAGACGAAGUGACUAAACCUUGAGCCGCUUUUCACUUUAGUUUCAACAUUAUUUUUUUCGGUGCAAAGUGGUAAAACAAAUUGUUUUAUGAAACUACCGGGAGAACGUGUUGCCAGAGCGAUGAAUCUCGAAGAACCCGCUUUCGCAGACAAUUACAUACAAGAAUUUGUGCUAGAACAUCUGGAAGAUACCAAUGUCAAGCGAGAGGAUGUCAGUCCCACCACAGGGAAUGCCAAAAUCUGGACCACCGUGAGUGACGAAAAUGGAUUUAUUCCUAUACGGUUGAAAGCCAACGGUGCCACUUGGCACGUGGAGGAGCGCAAGGUGAAUUCAAUCACUCCAACGUCGGAUUUCUAUCCACAUCCUACGCAUGGUCAACCGGUUUUGCUGAAUCCACCUAUUUCGGGUGUACCUUCUACCCCACCCGAAACACCACCUGUGAUUGGUUCACCAAAUCAUGCGAAUCCCGCUUCGUACUCCUACUAUGGGAGUCGCAUCCAACCUGAUCAAAUGGAGAACAUGAUGAUCGUUCCGCAGACGAUGCGUAUGGAGCAACCUCUGGAUCUGCGACCUUCGCACCAAUUUUCGAUCACAUCCGAGGGUGAAUGGAUCGAGCGGAAAGAUUAUAUGCCAUCGCAUACCACCAAUGGAUUUUCCCAUCAUCAUCAUGGUCAGCUAGAACAUUUGAAUCCUAUGCAUAGCGGUUCCCAUCAUCAUCUUCAUCUGCACGGACAUUCCAAUCGACCGCACUCUGUAAGUUCCGCUGGUUCAUUGGCAUCUCCCAGACACGGUAACAGUGGCGGAAGCUGCUACACUAGCAGCAACAGCAGUGACGAUAUUAUCAACGAUGACCUGCUGAUGUCACUCUCGGUACGUGAACUUAAUAAGCGGCUGCAUGGUUGCCCACGUGAUCAAGUUGUACGUUUGAAGCAGAAAAGAAGAACACUGAAAAACCGUGGCUAUGCACAAAAUUGCCGCUCGAAGCGUCUUCAACAGCGACAUGAUUUGGAGAUUACCAAUCGUCAGCUUCAGAGUGAGAUGCAGCACAUGAAAAUGGAGCUGGCGCUGCUCAAGCAGGAGCGGGACGAGCUUAAGAACAAACUUCGCGAUCAUGCCACCAUAACUUCGGCGGCUCAGCAUCAACAUGCCCAACAACAAGUUCAACACCAGCAGUCAUCUCGUCAAUCAAGCGGGGUGCUAUCUUCCGCAAAACAACAACUGAUUACCGAUAGCACCAGCUCACCGGAGUACUACGUAUGACGGCAGAUUGGGGGCCAACAACCGUGGAUCGGACGUUACGCUUCCUAAUGCUGUGCAAACACUACCCAUAGCCGAUGAUGAGUUAUCAGGAUCAGAACAAUGGAACAUGUAAAUACAAAUCAGUAAAGACUGGAGACUGUGCGGGGCGCAAAUGUUACUUCGAUAGACUAGGGAUUGAGGCGUUCCAAACAUCCUGUACGAGCCUGGCGUGACUAGGUGACAAAACGCAAAUUAUACGAUGUUCGUAAUUUCACUCAAGGAUUAUAUUCGUGAAAAAAAAAACACACACACACACAAAGUAGAUUGUGAAAGUAACCAUUUAGAAUCGUCGAAUUUUAGUUGAAGCAAUACUUUGUUAACACUUUCAUUUUUAAGAAAGAUUAUG